UUGACUGAUAUUUUUGUUUGGCAUCAAUAAUUGAAAGAAAAUUCAAAUCACCUGUAAUCUCGAAGAAUGUAUUUUUAUUCAAUUAAAAAAAAAAAAAAAUUAACGUGAAUAUUCUAAAACUGUAUGCUUUGGUUUUCUGUAUACGUAAAUGUUUCAUGUUUCAAGUUUCAAACAUCAUCAUCAUCAUCGUCGAUUAAGUGCAAUGAUUGUUGACAAUUAUUUCAUUUUGCCGGCACUAAUCCUAUUUGUUAUGAAAAUGUAUUUGAAUGAAAAUCGUGAAAUGGAAAAAGAAAAAGAAUAUCAACAAAAACAACGAUAUUGAUCAUGAUCAUGAUUGAAAUGAAUAAAACAAAAACAAUGUGAUAUUGACUUAACAUCUUGUGUGUGUCAAUCUUGUAUCAUAAAAAUUAUCAUUCCAUCCUCUUGUUAUAUAACCAAAAAAAAAACGCUAAAUGUGUAAACAAUACGAUAACGAAGUAAAAAUAUAAUCAAAAGAUAAUCUUUGAAAAUAAUUCAAAACACAUCACUAUCCUCGUCAUCAUCAUCAUCAUCAUCAGAUCAAUUUAUUAAUGUAAAUGAGAAAUGGAGAAGCUAAAUCAAACAAACAUUAUGCCCGUUAUUGUUACUACUAUGAUGACUACAACAAAUAACAUCAACAAUACUUCGAUUAAUGCUGUUGCCGCUGUCAAAAUUGAUGUUAAUUUUGAAGACAAUACCAUUGUUUAUAUUUUAUCCGUAAGCCUAAUUUUAGGCAUAUUGACUUGUUUGACUAUUAUUGGAAACGUAUUUGUGAUUGCUGCCAUUAUAAUGGAACGUAAUUUACGUACUACAGCUAAUUAUUUAGUAUUAUCAUUAGCUGUUGCAGAUUUAAUGGUUGCCUGUUUUGUAAUGCCAUUGGGUGCCGUUAGUGAAAUUCGUCAACAAUGGUCAUUAGGUACAUUAUUAUGUGAUAUAUGGACAUCAGCCGAUGUUAUUUGCUGUACAGCUAGUAUAUUACAUCUAUUGGCCAUAGCUUUGGAUCGUUAUUGGGCUGUUACAUAUGUUGAUUAUAUACAUAAACGUACAUCACAAAGAAUAUGUUGGAUGAUAUUCGCUGUUUGGGCCGUGGCAGCAAUCGUUUCAAUACCACCAAUACUUGGUUGGAAAGAUCCUUAUUUUAAUGUACGUGUUGAACAAGAAAAACGUUGUCUUAUUUCACAAGAUAUUGGCUAUCAAGUUUUUGCCACUAUUUCUACAUUUUACGGUCCAUUAAUAUUUAUUCUACUACUUUAUUGGAAAAUUUAUCAGGUUGCACGCAAAAGGAUUCGUCAUAAACCAGGCAAAUCAAUUGCACCGGCAUCCGCUACUGUGAAUCCAAAAAUAAUGAAUCAUAUGGACGAUAAAAUGGUUGCAAAAAAGUUUUCGUUCAAGAAUAAAAUAUUUUCAUUACCACAAAACUUAACGUCAACGCCUACUGAAAAAAAUUCAUCAAAUCCUGUAUUACGAAACAAUAGUGAUGAUCAAAUUGAAUCGAUGGAAUUUCCACAUGAAAAAGAACAAUGUAAUGUUGAUGACGAUUUAAUGAACAAUGAUGAAUUGAAACAACAAAUAGAGCUAAUACAACGUACAAAUGAUUCUGAUGCAGGAAAUCAUGGUAGCUGUGGUGAUUAUAUUGGCAAUAAUGACAAUGAAAAGUGUCUUUUUCGAUUUGAAUGCUUCCACAUUAAUGAAUCAAAGUGUUCAACAUUAUCAUCAUCAUAUCCACAAUAAUCACAUCAAUAAUAAUAGAAACAACAAUAAUGAAAACAGCUACCAA